CUUCUUGAUAUAAUCGGAGAAUACUUAAGCCAUAAACAAGUUGUUUACUUGUUAAUAAAAAACUUAAUUGUAAGCAUUUGUAUAAACAAUGAACAUAUGGAUAAUCUAUAGGGGGAUAUUUUGGGCAUGUCUAUUUGUGGCAGUAAGGGCGAAAACCUUCCAGAACUUCACUGAUGAAUUCUGGGAUUGGCGUCUGGAAGACAACCCCGAGUUUGCUAAUCUGAACUUUGGGGACACUCGCUACACAGAGCUCGUGGAGAACUACAGCUUGGACUCUAUAGACGCUCGAAAAGGUUGGCUAGAUGGGUUCUUGGCUGACCUGCAGAGGUGUGUGAAGCGCUCCAGUCUCUCAACGGAAGACAGAAUCACGUAUGACGUGCUAGUGGACACCGUACAGACAUGGUUGGACGGCUACGAAUGGCGAUUUUAUGGACCAAUGAACCCUGUGUCAUGUUUUGGCAUGAUGGCUCCAACGCUCCCUCAAAGAAAAUUGAAAACUCCAGAAGAGUUCCAGAAGUUGGCCACAUGGAUACGCGCCUACGGUCAACAGAUUGAGCAAAUAAUAACGCGUAUGAAAAGAUCGGUCGCAGAGAAUACGACAAGUCACCGUCUAUCGGUGGACUGUGUCCCGGCUAGAUUGGACAGUCUAAUAGGCGACGCUGACAAUGUGACAGAGUCCAUGUUUUAUAGUCAAUUUGGAGAACCCUUCAACAACGUCACAAACAAUGAAACCAUAAAACAAUCUAUUCGGGAAACUGCCACAGACAAUAUAUAUUUCGUUUUGAAGAACCUUAAAGCUCUGAAAGACUACACGGUGAAGACAUACAUACCUCACACGCGUACAACACUAGGGGUGCAUGGUCUACCCAGAGGUCGGGAGUACUACCAGGCGCUGCUCAGGUGGCACCUGUCCAUGGACGUUCCGGCCGAGCAGUUGCAUCAGACGGGGCUAAGGGAAGUGGAGCGAAUCAGUAGAGAAAUACAUGAGAUAAAAUUAAGCAACGGUUUCCAUGCCAGUAAUCGAGAAUAUUUUGACACACUGAUGGCCGAUGAAGCAAAUGUAGAAAACAACUCAGUAAAUGUGCUAAACAUGUGUAGGGACAUACAUUCACAGAGGAUUGUACCGAAACUGACUGAAGUGUUUGCAGAUAUUCCAGUCCAACAUUUAGAAUUUAAAGGCCUGUACUUCAAAUACUUCAUGGCCGCUUACAAGAAUGCUGCUCUCGACGGGUCCAGAAAAGGGAUAUUUUACAUCAGUGUCCCGGGACCAGUCGGCAAGUUCUUUCUUCCUUCGCUGAUUAUGCAUGAGGCGGACCCCGGACAUCACCUGCAGGACGCCUACGCCCUUACCAAUCCAACCAUCCCUAUGUUCAGGAGAGCCGUCGACUUCUCCAAGUACUUCGCCGCCCCCAUGCACUUCCCGUUCUAUACCGCUUAUUCUGAGGGAUGGGGACUUUAUUCCGAAGACCUCGGAGAAGUUCUUGGGAUCUACGAAACAUACAUAGAAAGAUUGGGAAAACUCGGUAUGGAGCAGCUUCGAGCGGCUCGCCUCGUGGUGGACACUGGUAUUCACGCCAAAGGUUGGACAUUCGACAAGGCCGUUGACUACAUGCUCAACGCGACAGUUAUGCCACGUGACGAUGUGGAGUACGAGGUGGUGCGCUCCGUCACGUGGCCUGGUCACGUGUGCGCAUACACCUUCGGCAAACUGAAGAUCCACGAGCUCAAAGCUAAGGCCAUGCAACUAAUUGGACAACGCUUCAAUAUCAAAGAAUUCCACAGCUUGGUAUUGAAAAAUGGCGCCAUGCCUCUCCGCGUGAUGGAAGACAUUGUGGACGACUGGAUACGUCGCGUGAAAAGUGUUGUGUUGCUAGGCAACCACCCCGAUAGUUCUUUGAACCAUAACAUCACUGCCUCUAGCCAUACUAACAAUGGUUCGCAGAAGAGGAAUAACGCUUCGGUGAAAGUAAUUCUUGUGGCGAUACACGCCAUUUCUACUCUUUUGUUUGCGCCGUUUCCUUAAUGGGACCAUAGCAAAGACAGUAUCUAAGCUUCUCUCUGUUAAAACUGGGCCUAAUGCAUGUGCGUAAAGUGUCGUCCCACAUAAGCAUGUGCAAUCUGCAUAUUGGCUAAUCAGGGACGACACUUUUCAACCGAACUUGAAUUUCGUUAAGAAGAGACGUCAUUACAGCAAAUAAAUGAAAGUAUUGUCCCUGGUUAGCCUGUGACUUCAAAGGCUAACGUGGACGACACCCCACGCGCAUGCCUGAAAGCAAGUUUUUGGCAGAGUAAUUAGAAUGUCACGGCAGUAGUAAGCAAAGAACUGUUUCGCUUCGGUGCAAUAAUAAAGUGCGACAUGAAACGCUGUGUGGACUCUUUUUUUUAGAACUAUUUUCAUUAAAAGGCGCUGAAAGACAGGCUUUUACUGAGAUAUGUGAAGUUGGCUGUUAGAUGUUAGCUGUUCAUCACAUGUUUAAAAUAGAAAUGCACAGCUGUGCAUUGGGUGUUCAUCAGAUGUUUAAAAUAAAAAUGCAUAGCUGUACAUUGGGUGUACGUCAGAUGUUUAAAAUAGAAAUGCACAGCUGUGUGUUGGGUGUUCAUCAGAUGUUUAAAAUAGAAAUGCAUAGCUGCCCAUUAUGUGUUCGUCAGAUGUUUAUAAUAGAAAUGUACAGCUGUGCAUUUGGGUAUUCGUCAGAUGUUUAAAAUAGAAAUGCAUAUAUGUGCAUUCGGUGUUCGUCAGAUGCUUAAAAUAGAAAUGCACAGCUGUGCAUUGGGUGUUUAUCCGAUGUUUAAAAUAGAAAUGCAUAGCUGUGCAUUGGGUGUUCGUCAUAUGUUUAAAAUAGAAAUACACAGCUGUGCAUUGGGUGUUCAUCAGAUGUUUAAAAUAGAAAUGCGUAGCUGUGCAUUUGGUGUUCGUCAGAUGUUCAAAAUAGAAAUGCACAGCUGUGCAUUGGGUGUUCGUCAGAUGUUUAAAAUAGAAAUGCAUAGCUGUGCAUUGGGUGUUCGUCAGAUGUUUAAAAUAGAAAUGCAUAGCUAUGGAUUGGGUGUUCGUCAGAUGUUUUAAAUAGAAAUGCAUAGCUAUGCAUUGGGUGUUCUUUUGAUGUUUUAAAUAGAAAUGCGUAGCUAGAUCGCGCUUGGUAAAAUACUUUUUGUUGAAAACCAAAACAACACAUUCGUGAUCUAAUUUCUGUUUUUCAGAUUGUAAUUUUAAGUAUGUAAGAGGUUUUACAUAUUGUUUCCCUUAAUGCUCUAUGUUGAAGGGACCCGUUAAAGCGAGCCAGGGUAAAUCAGUAUUUAUUAAAUAAAAAACACAUAUCAUUUUAUUGCCAGAGACCAAUUUUUCUGAUUAUAUAAAUGCUUUACUCAAUGAAGAUUUUUUCAAAUUGGCUUAUAUAUUUUAACUCCUUUGGGAACAGUAACAGAAAAGGAGUGUCUAUUUUGAAUAAAAAGCCAUUGAAUUUCGAUGUCAUUAACUAUUCACACACUAAUAAUGGCAGAUACAACUGUAUGAAUAUUGAAAUAAAAAACAAUGCAUAUUCAUUGCUGAAUGUAUUUGCGCCAAAUAAUAAUAAAACACUACGAAAUACAUUUCUAAAAAAUAUUUCAGAAAUACUUGAACAAAACUCUCAGGGCAUCAAAGUAAUAGGUGGUGAUUUAAAUGAAAUAAACACAGCCAUUGAUAGAAAAUCCACAUCUAAAGCUAAAAUAAAUAUUAAUCUCAACCUUCAUAAUUGAAUUAAAAAUAAUUACUUAACACAUACAACAGCAAAACUAAACAUUUGGUUUUUAAAUAACUUUGUACAGAUGUGCGUCAGGUUUAAAGUACAUGUUCUGACACAAACAUGUUUCUUGACAAACGAUUAUCAUAAUAUUUUUAAGAAAUCAGAAGUAUAUAUAUAUACCUACAUUGUAUUCAUUGCAGCAUCGAUUGGUUGCUUCAACAUACAGAAGCAGUUGUACCUUACUAUAAGGUGAGUUUUUGAAGUACAAAACCAAAUGUUUUUAGGUGUUGUUGCCGAAAUUGCAACCAAAGUACAAACAUUAGUAUAACGUUUUGGACAUGUUUACAAUUUACACUGAACAGAUGUCCACGCUUCCGCGUGAUGUUAAAAUACAAACGCUUUUGCCACUUGGUUAUAACCAUGACUUAGUUCACUAACUAUAUAUAACAUAAUAGGAAUAUGCAUUUAGUAUUGACUAGGUUUUCCCAUUACAAUGAACAACUAUUGAUCAGCUUUCCGCAUGUUCAAAGACUAUAAUUAAGUCUUCAAAGCUAAAAAAAUACAACAAAAAACACUCAUUAAAUGCUAGAAGGUGAGACAAUAUUAACGAUAAAUGACGCACAAAAUUGCACAGCAGCUCCAAAUGUGCACAACACACUGUGUUCAGGUGAGCUAAAAUUGCAAAGUCUGUCAACUAACAUAUGAUUGGCAUAUUUCAGACAAAAUGCAGUGUGAUAUUUUCCUCCUCAAACAUCGAUUGUUCCUUCCAAAUACCUGUUAUAAUCACACAAAUAUUCAACUCACUCUCUAUAAUAUAAAGCAUGUGUCGGGAAGUAAUUCAUUGCAUAAUCAGGAGGUGGUAAUUUCAAGUGCCCCACCAAACCGUCAUACCAAAUACAUUGUCCAUCGAGAAAAACCAGAGCACACAAAUGUCUUUCGGUGAACAUUGUAACACCUGCCAGAACAUUUCUAUUUUUAAAACAUCUGACGAACACCAAAUGCACAGCUAUGCAUUUCCAUUUAAAACAUCUGAUGAACUCCCAGUGCUAUGGAUUUCUAUUUUAAGAAUCAGACGAGCACCCAAUGCACAGCUAUGCAUUUCUACUUUAAACAUAUGACGAACACCGAAUUCACAGUUAUGCAUUUCUAUUUUUAACAUCUGAUGAACACCCAGAGCACAGCUGUGCAUUUCUAUUUUAAGCAUCUGACGAACACCCAAUGCACAGCUAUGCAUUUUUAUUUUAAACAUCUGAUGAACACCCAAUGCACAGCUGUGCAUUUCUAUUUUAAACAUCUGAUGAACAGCUUACAUCUAACAGCCAACUUCACAUACCUAUUUUUACUGCGUAAUUAUACCUUACAUUAUCUUAGACUAUUGUAUUAAUACAUUUUCUUGUAAAUAUUAAUGUUAAAAAAAUCGUAAAGCAACUUUUCGCUUAUCUUUAUUAUUUAAAUACUAAACAAGUUUCGGUCAGUGCCUUGUUAUCACUAUUCAUUAUUAACGAAAACUCCGUAAGUAUUUAUGUUUGUUUAUUUGAUAUUUUUAUGUUUUAAGUAUUACUCUAUAUAUCAGUUUUUGACAACACAAUACAUUAUUGCGAAUAUUCUAUAGAUGAUUCGGUUUUAUGCAUGAUAAAAUUGUUAUGUUUAUAGCAUGAACAUGAAACAAGACAUACAAAUCAAAUAAACAUACCAGCCUCUUA